AAGUGAACUUGAUGGGGAUUCCACCUCUCCACCCCUUUUUCUUGUAGGAAAGCCCGUCAGACUGGUGGCUGAUGCCUAGACUGGACGACCACCUCUGGAGCUGUCCCUGUGCUAAGGGCGUGAAGCACAGAAGCCACCUGAGGGCCGGUGCCGGAGGACUGGAGACCAAAGUGGGAGAAAUGACCACGUCCUCAGUGUCCGGCCCCUCUCUGCUGGUGGCCCACGGUGCCGGGGGCACUGACCCUGCCCCCGGGCCUCAGAGCUCUGGCUUGGGGGGCCACAGCUGGCACCACCACUUGCUGCAGAGGAGCCUGGUGCUGUUCUCAGUGGGGGUCGUCCUGGCCCUGGUGCUGAACCUGCUGCAGGUCCAGAGAAAUGUCACCCUGUUCCCUGAGGAGGUCAUCGCCACCAUCUUCUCCUCUGCCUGGUGGGUUCCUCCCUGUUGUGGGACGGCGGCUGCUGUGGUCGGCCUCCUCUACCCCUGCAUCGACAGUCACCUCGGAGAGCCACACAAGUUCAAGAGGGAGUGGGCCAGCGUCAUGCGCUGCGUGGCGGUCUUCGUCGGCAUCAACCACGCCAGUGCCAAAUUGGAUUUUGCCAAUAACGUUCAGCUCUCCUUGACGCUAGCGGCCCUGUCUUUGGGCCUUUGGUGGACAUUCGACCGUUCAAGAAGCGGCCUCGGCCUUGGGAUCACCAUCGCUUUCCUCGCCACUCUGAUCACCCAGCUGCUGGUGUACAACGGUGUCUACCAGUACACAUCCCCAGACUUCCUCUACAUCCGCUCCUGGCUGCCCUGCAUCUUCUUCUCGGGAGGCGUGACAGUGGGAAACAUCGGGCGGCAACUGGCCAUGGGUGUUCCUGAAAAGCCACACAGUGAUUGAGUCUUCAAAGCCACUGAUCCUGAAGAAUCGCAAGAUUUGGGAAGAAAACCUGUGAGACUAGAUUGUGACAAAGGUUCCCUUUUUUCCUCAAUGAUGUAUGUGGACUAGGCUGACUGUGCAGGCGACCCUAGAGAAGGUGGCAUCUCUUCUGGAACAGCAGGGCGGGAGGAGGGACCGCUCGCGGUGAGGCACUGCCAUGCCGGCGGCCCCGGAGGUGCCAGAGCUGGGCCGCCGGCCACAGGGUCCCCAGGAUUCGGUUUCAUUCGUUAUUAAAACAAGUUGCCAUACUUCAGGGCCUCGAACUGAAGCCUAACUACCAGCUCUGGUUUCGUACCGGUGCCCCGGGGGUAGCUCGAUGGUGCUUACAGAGACGAAGAGUGGUACUAUAGGAAUAUUACUGAUCCAAAAGAUUUUUAAAAAUAGGGUUGUGUGAAAAAAGAGGUGGCAGGGGGUCAGUGUAGGGAGGCUGGGCUCCCGCGGCUGUGCACGUCACGGUGCAGGACGGGCCUCCCGGUCCCCCCAGGGUUUCGUGCAGACAAUCUGACUGCGGCUGGGCCGUGAGGGGUCCUCGUCCUGCACUGUGACGUCCUGGACUUUCCACCUCCGUUUGCGGUCCACCCAGAAGCCCCAGUCGUCCAGGAGGAAACCACUGUCUGCCGUGUGUCUCAGUCUUAGGAGCCAGGACCGUCUGUUCCUUUGAUGCUUUGGGACAGAGGUGACGAUUUUUUCCCACAGCCCUAUAGGAUUUGCAAUCUGUGAUUGCCUUGUAGAAAGAAGAGUGCAUAUGUCACUGCAUUAAACAUUUGGUGUUUCUAAAUACGCAAAGACGUGUGAGCACAAUGUAUUCAUUUAAUGGCAUAGACCAUGUUAGACCCAGCUUGCAAGUACUGGGUCUUCAACUUCAAGUGCAAUGUAUAUGAAAACCAAUCUGAGCCUUGUAUUCUCUUAAAUAUUUAUUUUUUUUUAACGUAUAAGAUGGUAAGGAGGGUUCUCCAUUUCAGUGCUGCAUGGAGGCAAAUCCAGCAAUAAUUUCUCUCGGCCGCGAAGUUACUUUGUUGUUUGCCCUCCACUGAGCUCUGGUCCUUUGAAAUACUCCAGUUCUGUGGGUUUAGUAAACGUGUCAUUUUUACUUACAAAUUUACCUUUUUGUAUUUUGCAAUUCAAAUGUUUUUGGUUGUUUCAAAUUCUGUGAAAGUGGCUUGAUGAAAGACUCCUUUACAGCAGCAGUCGGCAGUCAGCGGGCCGGGCGCCGUGGCUGUGAGCGGUGGCCGCGGCUCCACUCACAUGAUGGUGGUCCUGGUUGUGGUUUGGUUUUUGUUUGGAGGAAAAUAUCCUGGAGUAAACUUUAGGUUGCUGUAGCUAAUCUGUCCUAGAGGAAUUUUGUUUAAAAGAAAGUGGGAUCAUUCCAAACUUUGCAGUGAUCCCUUAUACAUUUUCUGAAAACCAAAAUGAAUGAUCAGCUAUGCGAAAAGAUUUUUCAGUGAACAUGUCAGCAUUUUAUGAACAACCAGAAGUUAUUAGAUAAAAGCAGUAAUUGAAUCAAAUAUACUUGAUCGUGCACGGAUGAGUAUUUUUUUUCUCUUAAACUGGAAAUAAAUUUAUAUCUGUUGGAAACAAUGUAGCCAAAAGAUACGGAUCUGAAGAAACUUUGUUGCUGAUACUUCAUAGCAAGUAUAUGAGCCAAAGUGAUUUGAGUUUGUAAAAUGUAAAAUAGUACAAAAAAUUUGCACUAUACCAGAUUUGAACAUCUAGUGAAAUUCACAUUCAUACUAAGUUUUCAGCAUUGUGUUCUUUUGCAUUCUUUUUUUUACUUUUAUUAAAGUUUCAAAACCAA